AAGAUUGGGGAGAACGGCCACCGGUAUGGAUGGUCAUUGUCCUUUACCCGGAGAUAUUAUGGUUGAUAUUCUAUCAAGAUUGCCAGUGGAAUCACUCUUGAGUUUCAAAUGUGUGUGCAAGCACUGGUUUUCUCUCAUCAAAAGUACGAGUUUCAAAGAGAAGCAUUUUCAUCAGAAGAACAAUUGUGCCCAUCUCCUUGUUUGCGACUUUAAAGUAGCAAUGGCAGAACACUUUUUCGUUAAGUCUGUUGAAUUCUCCUUGCUCCCUAAAAAAAUAGUUCCGGAUGUGAUCCCUAAACAAAAAGUUCUCCUUCACCUUCCGAGGGUUGCUAGUUUCAGUUGUGUUGCUGGCCCAGUUGAUGGCUUAUUCUUACUGUAGGAAAAAAUUAUUAUGACGGUGUGCGCUUGGGUUUGUGGAAUCCUGCCACCAGAGAGUUCCGUCCUCUACCUCCUGCGCCUUUUGAGAUUGAGCACUUUUUCUCAGACCAUUAUCAUCAAUUUGGGUUGGGGUUUAUGGAUUUGAGAUUAUAAGGGACAGGACGAUGACCCUCAUGUCUCUGUUUGUGUCUAUUCCUCAUGCGACAACUCAUGGAAGGACCUAGAAUUCCCUUCCAGUUAUACCUCAAGUUGGUCCUUUGACACCAGUUAUCUCAAUGGGGUUUAUUAUUGGCGUUCAUUGCAUGUAAAUGAGAUGUACAGGAUUCACUCAUUUGACAUGGGCAGCGAACAGUUUGGGGAGAUGCAACUCCCAGUUAUUCCAAAUGAACACUGGUGGAUGGUUACAUUGCGUGGCGACUCACUUGCAAUGUUAGCCAGUGAUAAGUCUAUGACAUCCAUAUAUGAAAUGAAACAAAAGGGAAGUUGGUCGAAAGUUCUUACAGUUCAACCUCCUAUAGAUCCUCAUCGGCCUUACGACAUCUGGGAGAACGAUAAGAUUAUUUUCAAAAUCAGAAAACCUUCUCAGCUGGUGCUAUAUGACCCUACAACAAGUGAAGUUGCAGAUCUUGGAAUUGAUUUGGACCGUAUUGGCUGUUGUGUUUUCAAUUACAAGGAGAGCCUAGCUCUAAUAAAGAGUGGAGAUGAAACUCAGGACCAGGAUAAUGUUGUCAACCAAAUUGAUCACUUCUUCGAUAUCAUACCAACUAAUCGCAAGUCUCUGUUUACUGUUAGAGGUCCUCCUACCGGACGGUGAACUUAAAUAAUUGGGUUCUUGGUUUUUUCUACCAACUUUUGUUGUAAUAGGAACCAAAAAGGUCGUUGAACGACUAGUGUUUACACUCUUGUGUACAAAUAGCAGUGCUUUUGAUCUCACCCCCUAAAAAUUCCUUCAAAAACAUCAUCUCAUGCCUUUUCAAUCUUACUUUUCAU